AUGGAUGUAAUUUCAGAAGCAGCCCCGACGUGGACAUCGUAUGGAUACUGGCUUCGGUACUAUCGUCAUCGUGUCAUUCGUUUAUGGCCAGCUUACAUCUACGUACUGGUGGAUGUUGGCAUGCGGGCCUCAAUCCAGCAUUUCCAUCCCAUGUGGCCACCCACCGAUCCUGCUGUGCAAUGUCCCAAGCAUUGGUGGGAGAAUGUUCUCUUCGUGAACAGUCUACUCGAGAAUCGUUGCAUGCCUUGGACAUGGUCAGUUGCUUUUUGA